AUGUCCUACUGUUGCUCUGGUCGCCUCCUCGCCCGUCCUUACUCCCUGGUGUCACAGUCCUCCGGGCGUCCGGAGCGUCCCGGCGGAGAGGAGCUAAGCCGCCUGCUGCUUGAUGACCUGGCGCCAGGCCGGCGCUCUGCUGGGGGACUGGAAGUCCUGUUUGGCCUGAAUCCGUGUCUCCUAGCCCUGAGGGCAGCCCGUCGGCAUGUGUCCCGGCUGCUGCUUCAGGCCGGCAAGGAGGGGCUGCAGGGGGAGCGGAUCGAGCUGCUCCAGGCGGCCGAGGCACGGGGCAUCCCAGUUUUGCGGCCCCGACGGCGAAAACUGGAUGCCUUGUGCCCCCACCAGGUCCACCAGGGCGUGUGCAUGGAGGUGAGCCCGUUGCGCCCCCGGCCCUGGACCGAGGCUGGGGAGACCAGGCCAAGCGACGACCCUCAGCAGCUGUGGCUCGUCCUCGAAGGACUUCAGGAUCCCCGGAAUCUUGGGGCUGUGCUCCGCUCUGCCCACUUCCUCGGUGUGGAUAAGGUCAUCACCAGCCGGAGAAACACCUGCCCGCUCACCCCAGUAGUCAGCAAGGCCAGCGCAGGGGCUGUUGAGGUGAUGGAUGUGUUCUUCACUGAUGACCUGACUGGCUUUUUACAGGCCAAAGCCCGCCAGGGCUGGCUUGUGGCUGGCACAGUGGGGUGCCCAGGGCCUGAGAUCCCCCAGUCCUCAGAGAUCCCUGUCACAAGCUGCUUGGAGUUCCUAUGGGACCGGCCGACUCUCCUGGUGCUGGGGAACGAGGGUUCAGGCCUGUCCCAGGAGGUGCAGGCCUCUUGCCAGCUCCUCCUAACUAUCCUGCCCCAGCGGCAGCUAUCUCCUGGACUUGAAUCCUUAAAUGUCUCUGUGGCGGCAGGUAUCCUCCUUCAUUCCAUCAGCAGCCAGAGGAGGAGUUUUUCUGCAGGGGGAGAAAGAGAACAAUUUCCCCAAGAACCCCUAGAGUCCUCAGCCAAUAUCAGAGGGUCCAGAGCAGCUCCGCACCCAGGACUAUCUUCGGGAUCAGAAAAAGAGAGGAGAAAUGAGGGUUAA